UAAAAGUCAAUCGAAAAGGCAGAUUAUGAGAAGCUGUUACGGCUAUGAAUAAUGUUUAUAUACUUAAAUCAUGGCAGCUAUUUCUUAUAUACAUACAGUAACAUUGAGACAAGUCUUGGGGGAGGGAAAGGGACAAUGACGGAAGAAAGCGCAACGCCACUACAACCGCCACAAACGCAGGAGGCUGAGGAGGAGGAGGAGAAGGCCAUGUAUUCGGUCUGGGCGGUACCGGAGGGUGAGGUUGACGAUCGGUUUCGGAGGGUAAUGGAAGGGCUUAGGUCAGAGUUCGGUGGUCCACUGUUUGAUCCACACUUAACCCUCGUUGGACCUUUACCUUACAAACUUACGGCCAGCGAGGCUAAACGGAUGUUCAAGGCGGCUUGUGAAGGUUUUAAGGCGUAUCCUGCCACCGUUGACCAAGUCUCCGCCGGAACUUCUCAUUUUCAAUGUAUUUACCUGUCUCUCCGGCACACCGUAGAGGUAAUGAAUGCUGCCGGACAUUUUAUGGCCCACUUCAAACCCAUGACCGGAAAAUUUUACGUGCCACAUAUGAGUAUACUCUACGGCGAUCUAACGGAUGGAGAGAAGAAGAACGCGUUAGAGAAAGCUUACGCGCUUGAUCCGAGUCUCGACGGAUUGAACUUUCGGAUCAAUCGAGUUGCAUUAUGGAUAACCGAUGCAGACGUUGGAUCUUGGGUGAAAAUUGACGAACAUAAUCUAAUUUCUUAAAUAUAAUAAUAAAGUAAAGAUAACUGUAUGGCUUAUGUAUUCGGUUUAUAUCAGCUGGAUCGGUUUAUGAUGUUUCUUGGUUCGGCUCGGUAUGGUUUAAAAUAAAUGCAUGUUUGCCUCUGCUUUAUGAAAAGGUCUUGUGAUAAAAUGACAUUUAUUAAUUAAUUCUAAUUUCUAUGUUACUAUGA